UGAAAACAGACAGGUACUGGCAGGUUUCCGUCAUUCUGAGUUAUUCAUCCACCAGCACCAUGACCGGGAGAGUCAUUAUUCUGGGACUUUUGCUCCUCUGUGUGGCUGCAGAUGCAGAGGAAUCUGGACUCAUGAGAAAGCCUUCCUGUCCUGACAUAAGCGAGAUCGUGGCGUGUCCUCUCAACCUGGCUCCUGUGUGUGGCAGUGACGGAAACACUUAUGCCAACGAGUGUACCCUGUGUGCAGAGAGACAAAAAACCAAGAUGGACAUUUUGAUUGUGAAGGAGGAGGGCUGUCGACCUGCAGACGAGAUCUGAGCAACCGUGAAACGCCAUCAACGCUCAAAUUAAGCAGAACAUCUGACAAAAAAAA